AUGCCUAACUCCAUCAGUACUUUAAAGGAGCUAAGCGCCCAAUUCACUUCGCACUUCAUUGGGGGGCAUAGGUAUAAAAAGUCUACUGCGUGCUUAGUGAGUAUCAAGCAGCGAGAGGACGAGACGCUGAGAUCCUACAUAGCUCGUUUUAACAAGGAAGCGCUCUCAAUUGAUGAGGCUAACGACAAGAUACUUGUAGCAGCCUUUACAAACGGGCUGCGGAAGGGUAAGUUUCUGUUCUCUUUAUACAAGAACAACCCGAAAACCAUGUUGGGCGUACUUUACAGAGCCACUAAGUACAUGAAUGUUGAAGAUGUGCUGUUGGCUCGCGAGGAAAGGCCUAAAAAGAGGGAGAGACAGGAAGGCUCGCGGCAGGACAGAGGACGGAAGAUGGCAAGAAUGGGAGAACGAAGGGAUAACAGGCGCUCUAAGCCCUUAACGAGUAGGUUCACGAGCUUCACCCCACUGACUACCCCGAUCGACCUGGUCCUGAUGCAAAUCAAGGACGAGGGGGCUCUAACCUUCCCCGGAAAGCUGAAGGGAGAUCCCAAUAAGCGAUCUAGAGACAAAUAUUUCCGCUUCCACCGUGACCAUGGUCAUGACACAGUCGAUUGCUACGACUUAAAACAGUAG